GCUUGCUACUGUGUUAUCGUGUGUCAAGGUUGUCCUGCGUCGUUUGGAAUUGGGAUAUUUCCAUCUGUUAAUUUUUGUUUAGCAAAGCACAUUCCAGAAUUGUAAGACGGUUAAUAUUGGUUUUCCAAGUAUGGUUUAUGCACUUCUCUCCCAGAAUAGAGUCUCUUAUGCUUUUUCUAAUGGUGGUUUUACCAAUCAAUCAAAUAUUUGGGAAACAAAGGUAAACAGAAUAACAAGUUAAUUUCAAGUAAAAAGCAAUUAAAAACAAAAACUCGAAAUUAUAUUUAACUCCUCAUCCUCCUCCAAUCCCUUCUAUUUUGCCAAUGACUAAAAUCUGUUUAUUUAACAAAUACAAACUUCAAAUUAAACAAGCUCUAGAUGGAAAUUUCAUUGUACUUUAUCAACCUGCUCCAAAUUCAUUUAUUAUCAUACAAAAAAAUGAAGGAAUUACACAUAAUAAAAGUGAUCAUAAUAUUCAUCAAGAAAGUGAUCAUCAUGAUAACUUAAAUUCUUCUAGUAUAAAUAUAAAUGAUUGUCAAUCAAAAUCUCAUUCACGUCGUCAACGACGACAACGAUUUCGUGUAGUUAUUGGACCACAAUUAUGUAAUUGUCAAAAUGGAAUUAUGCAUGAAACAGGAAUGACUAUUAAGUUAAUUGAACCAUGUGUUCAUUUAUUGUUUGUUAUGUUGCAUGUUCUUAAAAUACCGAUUGAUGAUCCACAUUUAACGGCAAUACCUUUACCUAGUUCAAAAGCUGAAUUUUGGAUUGAAAAGUAUCGCAAUCAUCGUCAUUCAUUAGUCCAGUCCUACACUAAAAAUAGAAGAAACUCAAAUACAUUGAAAAAUGAAGGAAAUCAGCCGGAAACACUUAAGUUGCCAGAAAAACUAAUCAACUCUGAAAUAUCAAACACACGUCUAAUCAUUCCUCAGCCCAUUCGUCAUGAAAAGACAAAUAACUUUCUUCAUUUACGCGCUAUUAUGAAUCCAAGUGCCCAUGAUUCUAGUGAAUUGUCAUCGAUCACACAAGACAUUGUUCCUGUAUCUAGAAGAGAGACUGAAAGUGCAGGAACAUGUGACCCAAGUACUUCAUAUACGGCAGCAACCUCAAGGACAAGUUCCAUCGAUAGUAUAGAAAGCUGUAAAUUAGACUCAUCCUGUCGAUCAAAUGAUCAACAUUGCCGUCCCCGCCAUCAAACUACAUUUUCGUGCUCCUCUAGCUCGGAAACGGGUUUGUCCUGUCGACGGCCUCAAACUGCGCCUCAGCCUGAACUUCCACCCAGACUAGGUCGAACAAGAGCCAAGUUUGUCAGGCAUUCUGCUUCAUCAACAACAUUUCGUCCAGUAAGAGAUUGUAGUCCUUUAAUUCUUCGUGAAGGAUGCUUAACACCAAUUGAAUCGGAAGAGAAUAGUACCAAUAAUAGCCUGAAAUAUCGGACUCCUAUGAAAUCAACAAAUAAAAAUACUACUGCUAUCACCACUACAGUUUAUACAGAUAAUUAUGAUAAAUUACAGGAACCACUAAUUAAUACAAUACCUGCGGUUACAAAUAAACUCAGUCACUCAACAACUACCGCAGAUUUACUUCAUGGUCCUACACCCAGAUCAAAUUUCACUCAUGCAAGACGAUCAUCAUUUAAACCAACUACCUCAAUGAAACAAAAAUUUUUGUUUCAUAAUACUCCAGUUAAUCUGCCAUUGAUCACUAAUAAUCAAACACCAACAACUGUAAAUCACGUUAAUACUUUUAAUAGCAUACCAACUAGUAAGCAACAUAUCUGUCCUCCUUCUGCACAACAACAAACAUCAGUUCAUGUAACUGGAACUGCAAUUACAUCUACAAAUAAUAAUACUAUGUUAGAUGAAUCUGCUAAAAUAUGUACCUUAUGUUUACAUAAUUGUCAUGUCGAGACUACUAUUAACAGUAGUAAUCAUAAUGGAAAUAAUCUGAUUGUAGAUAAUGGUGAAGGUGGUUGCAAUAUAAAUCUAAUUGAUCCAAUAUUAGUUUGUCAAUCUGUGGUUCCAGAUUACGAUGAUGACAGUAAUGAUAAUGAUGUCAAUAACGAAAAGAGAGCUACAUUUAUUUGUGGAGCUAUAUUUCAUACAAGCUGUUGUAAAAUCUGGUUAGAAGAAAUUCAGAGUGAUGGUGAUUCACCACAAUGUCCAGUGUGUGGCUGUGUAUGGAUUCAUAUCCCUAGUUUUGAUAGUCAUGUAAAAUGGGACAAACCUGAUGAUUCCGAUAAAAAUUCAGAUCAUACAAAAUGUAUCUGUUAUUUAUCCUCAUCAGAACAAAUUAUUAAUCAGCAAACAGAUAAUAACAAUGGUCAACAAAUGAAAAGUAAUCAACAUGAUGAUCAACAUCAGUCCUAUCACAGAUAUCAUAAUCAAAAUAAUGAACAACAACAAAUGAAUGAAACACUCCGCUUUACAUAUCAACCAGUAAAUUUAAACGCUGAUUUAAAUUUAACGGGAAAUAUGACCGUCGUAAACACUUUGUUGCCAGAUCCACCUUUUUCUGAAUAUAACAGUUGUGUUUCUGCUUUCUCAUUGGAAAUUGCUAAUGGACUAAUUGCAUGUGAUUGGACCGUUAGACAAUAUGCAUUACAAAAAGCAACUCACUUAACAAUAAGUCAAGUAAUUCUAGCUAGACAGUGUAAUUUACAUUCAAGUCAUAAUAAUCUUGUUUGUUCAUUGAAUCACCAUGACGGAAAUUGUGCUACACCAGCGAAAUGCCAAUUAUAUAUAGGACCGGAUUGUGUGAAAAUAAUGUUUAAGUUAAUUCAGUUUCUUCUUGAUGAUCCUGUCGAUGCAAUAUUCACUGAUGCUUUGCGAGCUUUUCGUGAGUUACUUGGAUAUUUGGUUGUUUAUAAUAAAGAAACUCAAACGGUACUGCAAAAAGCAAUUGGUCCAAUUCUACGUCGUCUAUUACGCUUCGUAGGUGGACAAAGUAACUUAUGGAAUCUACGUAAUCUGGAAUCAUUUUUACCGUUAGCAACUCGUCAACAAAAUGAUGACGAAAAUAAAACAAUUACAAAUUGUAAUCUGACGAACAACAAUUCAUCUUAUUUAGAUGUGAAAAAAUCUGCCAGUUGUCAAUUAAAUGUUAAGAUUGAUGAAAAUAAUCUCACAAAACCUACGAAUGAAUUAAGUAUUGCAUUACCGAAAAUACCAGCCGAUGCCAACUUUCGUGAUCGCUGCAAUCUUGCGUUAGCUACACUUAUAGAACUAGCCAAAGGACAAACAGGUGCUUUAGCCAUCGGUCGAGAAGUUCACUCUGCUUCGCAAUGUUUACCUGUUAGUGGUAUACAACACAUGGUACGUUUUGUUUUGAGUUCUGCAAAGUUUCAUGCCACUCAUUUAAUCGGUCGUCUAACAGUUGUUGAUAAACUAAUUCGAAUGCAUCAAUCAAGAAGAAUAUUACUAAUGCAACAACAAUCACAACGUCAUGAAUCCUUAUUAUUGUCAUCUGAUUUAAGUAUCAAGACUAAUCCUGAUAAUAAUAGUAAUAAUAAUAGCAAUGAUAGUAAUAAUAAUAAUAAUAAUAACAGCACUGACAUGUCAUCACCAAUUGGUAAGUCAUCAUCAGUUGUUAAAGAUGAAACAAAUUCAUCAUCAUCAUCACUAACAACAACAUUGUCAUUAACAGACCAAUCAUUAGCUAGACGACAUUUAUGCUCUACUAUAAUAUUUGCUCGACGUCAUUUAUUACCGAUUUAUCCGAAACCGGAUAAUAUGACUAUGUGUUUUCCAUAUCAUUAUCAAUUACAAUCAACUGAUGCACAUUGUGGUGAUUUUUUAUCAAGAUUACCACCACCACCACCAUCAUCAUCAAUAUCAUCAGCAAUGAGAACGAUUAAAGCUACAGCAACAGAUCAACAUCAACACCAGAAUGAAUUAAAUAAUGUGGAUUAUUAUCAUUACACACAAUAUAAAGCUAACCGAAUUGCUAGACGAGUCUUUCUCACUGCUGCCAGAGCAUUGCUUACUUGGCAAAGUGAAGAAAUUUUUGAUCGUUAUGAUCCGAUUCCACCGUCUACGUUUAAUGCGAAUUCAUUUAUUGAAUCAGAAAUUAAUCGAUUGGAUGCACCACUGGCUACAUGGUUUCGAAAUCGAUUAUGUUUGCUACUUUACUCAUCACAUGAAACAUCUAAUGUACAUAGAAUAACUAAGAAUAAUAGUUGGAACAUUUCGUUAUCGAAUCAAUUACCAACAGUUAUUAAACAAUCAUAUGCUACACCAUCUAAUACUGAGGCCCUAGCUUUAUCAUCCACAUCAUCAUACAUAACAUGUCCAACUUAUAACAAAAACAUCAGUAAAAUAGAAAAAUUUAAUCGAAUGGACGAAGUUAAUUCUUCUAAAGAUAUAUCAAGUCAACAACAGCGAUAUGAACAACAAGGUGCUUAUAAUUCACUACAUCCACUAGAUGAAGAGUUAUCUUUUAGGAACACUUCUUUCUCUUCUAUAAAAAUACCACCGAUCCCACCACCAAGAAGAUUAACUAUCAGUAAUUCUGAAUUAUUAAUUGAUUAUAAAAAAGAUUCUACUAGAUCUGAGAAAGAUAACAGUAUUAAUGGUCUUGCUGCAACUGUUAAUAACGGUGAUGAUGAUGAUGAUGACGAAAGUGAAAAUACUAAAAAGAUUAAAGCUCAGAUUUUAAAAUCAUCAUUUGCUCGAAUUGCACUGGAACCAGCGUAUGAUCUGGUUGCUUUGUCUGAAUCUGGUAACUAUAGUAGUGUAAGUGAAUUUGAAGAUGAUGACGACGAGGAUGAUGAUGAUGAUGAAAAUGAAGGGGAAGACCAACAACAGCAACAACAAAAUAAUUUAAACGAACCAAUUUAUACAGGUCGAUCACUUGGUUCCGAAGCUGAUUUACAAUGUGAACAAGUUACUGUCUUAAGAAAUGCCUUAACACGUUCUACACAUCAAUUAAAACCUUUGUUGCCAAUACCUGGUCUGUCAUUUGUCAUGAGUUCAUUUCAACAAACUAAAAAGUUACCUAAUUCAGAUGAAUAUUAUGAAUCAGUCGAUUGGAUACGUGGUCCUAUUCUAGGUCAUGGUGCAUUUUCACAGUGUUAUCAAGCACGUGAUGUUAGAACCGGCCUACUAUUAGCUGUAAAACGCAUACGUCUUGGGCGAAACGGCAUGUUUUCACUUUUCUCUUCAGAGAAGAAUAAAGCAUAUCCAUCACAAAUACGUCAGCAAAAUGACCAUAAGAACGAACCAAAUUGUAACAAUAAUGAUAAUGACAAUAAUAAUAAUAAUAAUAAUAAUAAUAAUAAUAAUAAUAAUAAUAAUAAUAAUAAUGGUCAACAAAAUCCAAUUUACCAUCGUCCAUUAUCACCGACAUCUUUAAAUCAAUUAGCUGAAGUUGAAACCGAAGUACGUAUUAUGCUCCAGUUAGAUCAUCCUAAUAUUCUACGUUUAUUUGGUGCUGUGCAUUGCGUGAAACGUGGGUUCGUUGAUUUAUUUAUUGAAUGGAUGCCAGGGGGUAGUAUAACAAGUUUAUUACAACAAUAUGGAGCUUUUAAUGAAUCAAUUACGUUAAAUUAUGGUAUACAAUUAAUACGUGGUUUAGCCUAUUUACACAAACAUGGUAUAUUACAUCGUGAUUUAAAAGGUGCUAAUCUUUUAAUCGAUAGUACUGGAACUGUUAUCAAAAUAUCAGAUUUUGGAGCCUCAGCUCGUUUAAGUGGUGAGCAAAGUGUUGCUGGUCAAUUUCAAGGACAAGUUAUAGGUACAUUUUCAUUUAUGGCACCAGAAGUACUUCGAGGUGAAACAUAUGGUAGAGCUUGUGAUAUUUGGUCUGUUGGUUGUUGUCUAGUAGAAAUGCUUACAAGUAAACCACCAUGGCAUGAUGCUAGAUUAACAAACCGUUUUGCUCUUAUGUUCACUAUUGCUACUUCCAACUCACCUCCUACAUAUCCGAAAGAUUUGACUACUGAUCUUAUCGCAGUUCUAGAUGCGUGUUUUGCACGUAAUCCAUCUGAUCGUCCAACAGCCAACCAACUAUUAACUUUCAAUGUAUUUGCACGCCUUAUAAGUCAACAGCAAUCAGUUACUGCAUUAGAACAAACGAAACAUGGGUUGAUAUCAUCUUCAGUACCAACAUCUCCUAAUGCAAUAAAAACUCAUAAAAACUCUGAUAAAUCGUUAAAGUGUCAGAUAAACUCAAUGAAAUUCAGUACAAAGUCUUCAUUUAACUAUCAACGUUUAUUUAAAACAUUCCAGUCAAGUAAAAUUAGCUCUACACUGAAUGAUAAAAAUGUGACAGUAGUCGAAGAAGCGGAAAAUGAAGAGAGUGAAGAUGAUGGUGAGGGUGGUGUGGGUAGUUUUGAGAGUGAUAGUAAAGCUUUAGCUACAUCUACACAUCUUAAACAUAUUCAACAUCAUUCUGAUAAACAUCGUCUGCAAAAGCAGCAUAAUCAACAUUUUGAUGACAGUGGACUUUUGACUAGGCGAAGAAAGACAAGAAGACCAACUUUACCACCAUUAAAUUUUCAUAGAAAAUAUUAUCCGCAUACGCCUGUUGUAUUCUCAUCCUUCAAAUAAUGAUAGAUCACACCAUUUUAAGUUAUCAUGUAAAUAUUUAAAUUGUCAGAAAUGUAGUUUGUGGACAUAGCAACAUGUUUUUUUAAACAUUUAUUAUAGGUAUUUUCUCUUCUGAAAAAUAUCACUCAAUUUAUUUAGGUAUUUUAUUCCUAUCCUGAAAUGAAUUGUAAUUUUUUCUAUUAACAAUUCACAGUUUUAAAUGUUGUAUAAAUUGGUUGUUGGUAUUUCUAAAAAAUAAAUAAAAAAAAAAGAGAAAAUUUUCUCAACUUAAUUUGCGUUAAUCUUUUGUCUACCAAAAACAGAAACAUUUUUCUCUGUCAUUCUUGUUCAUAGAAUAAUGUGGAUUUUAUUUAUUUAUUUAUUUAUUUAUUUAUUGAAUGAUCA